AUUUGUGAACUUAUUUAAAAUAAUAAUUCGUGUGAAAUGUCGUGUGGUAUGUGCAAUAAGUCGGUGAGAGGUGCAAACAACUCUGAAGUGAAGUGCAUAGACUGUAACAAUCAGUUCCAUGGAAACUGCGUGAGUAUGAAAGUAGAGGAAAUCAAAUUUCUAAUUGAAAGUGGUAAAUCGUGGAGAUGUGAUGGAUGCACCAGAAACAAGAGACUCAGCAUGUCUAUGGAUACGCCAAUCAAAGAGGGACAAAUCACCUUGGAGAAGUUAGCGCAAAUGCUCACUAAUGUGUCAGAGAACAUUAAAAGUGUGGAGAAGAGCUUAGGAGAUUCUAUACAAUCGUGUCACGAAUCUGUCGGUGAUGUACUCGAGAAAGUGAAAAAACAAGAAAGUCAACUCAAGGUGUGCCUGGAUAAAAUUGAGACACAAUCUACCGAAAUAAUAGCACUAAAAAAGGAAAAUGAAGAACUGCGUCGUGCCAUCUCUGAUAUUCAGCAAUAUACAAGAUCGAACUGUCUGGAGCUCCAUAAUUUCCCUCAGGAGGAAAAUGAGGAUCUGCUUGGUGUUGUGAAAUCUGUUAGCAAAGCUUUGGGACAUACAAUAACCGACCUGCAAAUAGACAAUUGUCACCGUCUUCCAACUCGUGAAAAAGAUAAAGUGCCACCAAUUAUAAUAAAACUGACUAGAAGGAUCGAUAAGGAGGAGCUGUUAAAGCGAAGGAGGGUGAUGAGGAACUUUUCAACGCGACACAUGGACCUACCAACAGACAUCCCGCUGUACCUCAACGAGAGUCUGUCGCCGGAGAACAGGAAGGUGCUAGCGCUGGCGAGAGCAGCCAAGAAAGAAAAGGACUACAAGUAUCUCUGGAUUAGGAACGGAAAAAUUUUGAUGCGAAAAUCUGAGGGUCAACCGGUAAUCUCAUUGAGUUCAGUAAGUGAUAUAAGCAAACUAUAAUGAUUACAAAUGUACUAGUUUAUUUAAUAAAAGUUUACUAAUUUUUGAAAAAUCCACGAAAGUUAAAAAUAAAUGACCGACCUUAAUGAACUAUUCUGUUUAGUACAAAACAUAAGAAGCUUAAGAGAAAACUUUGACCUUUUUUUAAUUGAGCUUGAAAGUUAUGCAAAAAAACCGCAGUGUAUAAUUUUAACAGAGAUUUGGAUAUAUAGUGAUGAGUCUGAACUUUACCCAAUAGAUGGAUACAAUUGUUUUACAAAUUGCAAUGACAAUUAUAGAGCAGGUGGAGUAGCGGUUUAUGUGAAUAAAGAAAUAACAGCAAUAGCCGAUAAGAUAGUUCUAAUCUCUGUAGAUGCCUUAAAAGUUGACUUUAUUUUUGGUAAUGUCGAAAUAAGCCUUAUCGCUGUGUAUAGAUUUCACAAUAUACCUGUAGAUGAGUUCUUCAAAGAGAUAAAAACUGUAUUAGAUAAGUUAGAUAAUGAUAAUUCUAUCAUAACAGGUGACAUAAAUAUUGAUCUGCUUGAUAGUAAUCGAGUAUCAGAUGAAUACCAAUUCAUUAUGUCAAGUUAUGGGUUUACAUCUUAUGUUAACGAACCGACUAGAGUAACCAACAUAUCAACUUCAUGCAUCGAUCACUUAUGGUUUAGAUACGUAACAACAAGGAAUUCUUUCAAUCCCUCCACAAUUAUAAAGAAUUUACUAAUCACUGAUCAUUAUGCUAUAGAGUUUUAUUUUGAGAAAAUGAUUAAGAAGCGAAUAAAUCAUUCACCCAAUACUAAUCACAAUGAAAAGCAGAAAAAAAUAAACGUUGAAAUUCUCGCCAAUAAAUUAAAUAAAAUUAACUGGAAAUGUGUCCUCGAUCUUUCAGACGUAGAUUUAGCUCUGGAUAAAUUUCUAGAAAUUUUCAGUGAGUGUUUGGAAAUAGCAUGUACAGGAGAAAGUAAUAAAAGGAAAA